CCGCCCCCUGCGAGUGGCACUGAUCACCCGUCAUACCAGAGGCAGCGCUGCUCCGUACUCUGUCUCCCUCAGACAGCGGACAGGACCUGGCUGAUGUACCGAUGGCUCCCCUCUCCGCYGACUUUCCCGUGAUGUUGGCGUGUGUUUCGGCUUGUUGUCGCCACCUCGCCGGCGGUGAGUCCGGUCAGACCGACUGACGGUGGAUGUGAGACACCGGCGAUGCUCUCCGGCUCGGCUUCUGGCUUCAGGGGUUGACGGCGCUUUAAAAACACCUCCAUCAGUGCCCAAGUGAGAGCCGACUGGGUCUGGUGGGUCCCUCACUGCUAUGAUCCUGACAACCUGAAGUUUUUGCCUUCUUCAGAGCUUUUCCAUCCCGUCCUGAAACKCGCCUGGUUCCUCGAUGGGUUCCCGCAGCCAGAGCUUCUUCCACAACCACCACCACCACCAUCGCAGCUCCAUGGUGCCCGCCACCGUGCCAAGGCUGCUGCCGGAGAGYGGGAGUCUACUGGGGGGCAUCGCCCAAAUCACCCCAAACCUCUUCCUCAGUAGAGGCAAUGUGGCGUCCAACCGCAGCCUGCUGUUGUCUAAGGGCAUCACCUGUGUGGUUAAUGCCACCAUCGAGUUGCCCAACUUCAACUGGCCACAUAUGGAGUACGUGAAGGUCCCCCUGGCAGACAUGCCCCACUCCCCUAUCUCCUUGUACUUUGACAGCGUGGCCGACAAGAUCCACAGUGUGGGGCGCAAACGAGGGGCGAGGAGACGAGCAGUCUGA